AUGAAUUCAAACAGCCGUCAGGAUCUGUCUCCACUGGAGAGCUCAGCGGCAUCUUUUGGGAUUUCUGACGACCUUCACAUUGAUAUCUUUGAAUCACAAAUAAACUCUCUACAUGCGGACGUCAAAAAAGACAUGUCAGCCGGGAAGGCUGGUAAAGACGCCACGCUGGGCCAUUUGCCGUCGAGGGAAACUAUUGCUGAUUGCGCAAAAGCCGGCGAAGAGAAGGUAUCACGAGGCAGGAGGGAAGAGCUGCUGAAGAAGAAUCAGUCCCUUCAAGCAGAACUCUACAUGGCUCGUGAACGAAAUCGUCUUCUCUGCCAGAAACUGAAAGACACCGAGCUAGGCAUGGCCAACCCCUCUUCUAAGGGUGACAGCAAACAUAAGGACAACAGUAUCGACUCACUGCUGGAGCGUCUACGACAGACAACGCAACAGUUGAUUACCUGUCGUAACGCGAAUGCUGUACUGAGCAAAGAGGUCAAACAAGCUGUCAAGGCCCUGGAACUGGAAACGGGUGAGUCGAUUUCCAGUCUCUCUAACUGGCUAGCCAAGUCUGUCAAUAAGGAAGCACCCUGGCGGGGACGGCAACAGCAGAUCUGCAGUUUGACGGCUAAAAUUCGUCGCCUAGAGGGGGAUCUGAGGCUGUUUCAUCCGGAUGUGCCAAAGACGGAAACGUUAAAUGGGGCGGCCAGUGACCGAUCUUCCUCCCUUGGUGCCACUGAUUUGGGCUACGAGUUGCUGGAGCCAGUGGCCAGUUGCAAGACAACAGCUAUUGUCCUUCCCCGUCUCCAUAGUCUGCACUCUGAGCUUGACUCAAGACGCCACUUGCCCAACUCCACCGGUUUCACUUCGCAAUCUGCGGCAAUUAAGGCGCUAGAGGAGGAAAAUCAAACUCUGAAGGACGACGUAAGUCAGCUGAGGGAGCGACUAAAGACUCGAGAAGCCCGGAUAAGUGUCUUAAAUUCCUACCUCAGCGAACAGAAGGAAAAGGCACGCCUUCUAGUGGAGAAGGGUGCACACGAUCACGAACUCAUCAACUCCCUCCUUCAGGAAAAGGAGAAGAACUUUAACAUGGCAAAGUCUGCUCAGGCCGACCGAAAUGCUUCGGAGGCGAAGCUAAGGGGAGAAAUCGGGCGCCUUACGUCUGAAUUGGUAAAAGAAGUGCAACAGAACAAGGCUCUGAAGAUGGUUAUAGAGCGGAAGGAGGAACUUAUAAAUCAUCUGUCAAAUUCCCGACCUGGUCUUGAGGAUACCAUCCAGGGUGGACGUGUUUGUGAUGAUCAGCAGUCGCAAAUAGGUCGGAAAGACCAACAUACUGAGGCGAGCCCUGUCUACCGGGCGGUCACUGUUGAACGCGAUCAGUUAAGAGAAUUUAUCAAAGUCCUAGAAGCACGGGGUGAGGAAAUGCUGCAAGAAAUUACUUUAAAAGAUAAGGAAAUCGCCGAACUUCGACAACGCUGUUCACAGGUAGAGCAUGCAUCAACUGAAUUGCCUCUCAAAAACAGAAGACAUAGUAGCAAGCCCCUCAAUGAACGCCUGUUGGACCCCAGACUGGCAUCCGAUCUGCUAACUGGAAUUCCGGCAUCAAGCAAGGUCAAACCUCUUAUCAACGCUAUUCACGAGGAAUACCGCCGAAGUCAAUGUCAAAAGUCUGGGACAGUGACCAAACCAGACCAACUGCUUCCUCUGCCUGUAACACUAUAA